GCGGAGGGAGGGACGGUGCUGACGGCUGGGAGGACGAGGAGGUAACCGACAAGAAAGCUUAGGAAAGAAAUAGAAAAGAAAGGAAAAGGGCCCGGGGUUUCACCUUCCGUCGGCAUUCCAAUUUCAACUUAACGCCGCUCAGCAACCCAAUUUAGUGCAAUGUCGUCCAGUCGUCAGUACAGCGAGAGCAGGGCCAUUCCGACCAGGACGGUGCUGAUCGACGACUCAACGCAGCUACCUCACGAUUAUUGCACCACUCCUGGAGGCACUUUAUUCUCUACUACCCCGGGCGGCACCCGGAUCAUCUAUGACCGUAAAUUCCUGUUAGACCGGCGUAACUCCCCUAUAGCCCAGACUCCACCAGCACACCUGCCGGUCAUCCCAGGAGUGACGAGCCAAAACGUUAUAAAUGAGAACAAGAAGAACGAAGCUAAUAGCAUCAACAACCAUGAUGGCAAGCCAGGAGCAGGUGAAGACGCUCAGUUUGAGAUGGACAUCUAAAGAAGAGGAACCGACAUAAAAAGCUAACAAUAACCUGGCGCACAAGUGUGCCAGUGGCUUGGCUUGUAGAAACCAAUGUUGUGAGCACUCUUCUUUAGCUCUAUCUAGCUCCUGGGUGCUAAGUAAUCAUGGAAAUAGUUAACUCAUGUUGGCCUAGUGUGCUGCUGAAGCCCUGAAAGUUACCAAGCUGAUUUGUUUGAUUAGGUUUCAGGGCUACCAACAGCUAUACAUAAACACAGCAAGAAAAUGUCUAUUUUAAGUGCCCAAUACAACAAUUAUUGUUAACGGAUUUACUUGCAAAACAGCUAUCAGAGAUUUCUUCAUGGGGAAUUUAGUAAAGAUCUAAGAUGACACUGUUAAGUUUGAUACCCUUUAGGGGCCCAAAUGCUUUAUUUUGUGCAACUGAUUCUUUGCUUUGGUCUGGACAUCUACUUCAGUACACAUUCUGUUGCCUCCUUGUUUUAUCCAUUUCACUUUUAUUUUUUUUUUCAUAGCAUGAUCUGGAAUCCAGCAUUUUGGCUCAGAAUGAAUUGAAAUGAAAUUCUCAUUCCAUGCCUUUAAUUAGGUAUCUGUAUGUUUAGCAUGGAAAAUAGUUUAUAAAACACCAAAACCAUGGACCUUAAGUGAUUUAGGCUAGCCAGAGUCCUGCCAAAUUUGAUUUGUGUUUUGAUUUUCUGCUCCUAUGUAGAUGAUAUAUAUACACACACCUAUAUACCUACCUACACACAUUUUUAAUUAUUGCUACAGGGCAGGAGGUUAAUUUGAUUUAUCAGGUAGUCUUGAACUAAUGAGAAUGUAAUAUAAUCUUACAUUCAUCUUGAUACCAAUAUCAUUUGUCCCUACCUUUGAUUUGAGAGUAAAUCCUGAUGAUACUUGAAGUAUUACCGUCAGUUUGUGUUCACUAAAUCUGAUGAACAACAAAAACUGUAGUAAACGUGACCCAAAAUUUGUUGCUGGUCAGGAGUAAAGGCAACAUGCACAGCUUUGGACUGAUCGAAGAGUUACACAUGAUUUCAUAUUAAUAAUGAAUAGAAUGGUUUUCAAAUCCCGAGCUGGUCUCAGAAUGCACUUACAUCACAUACUUACCAGCACUUCUAGCUCUUACAGGUGAAAUAACAGGGGAAGUAUGUUAUAUCAAAGCCAGUUGUGAUGUCUACGCUCACGUUUCGAUUGCUACUAUAUUAACAAACCCUCAUUGUCAAAUCAAAGGUAGGAAAACACUGAAGUGUUGUCAGGUUGUAAAAAGCUAUUUAGUUUUGUAAUGACCUGGCAUUGAUUUUUUUUGGGUUAGAGGAAAAGCUUGAAUGAAACAUUUCCAAUGCGUCUAUAUUUUUUUAAGCUCUUUUUGAGCUUGUUCUAAACUCAGACGACAGCAUUAUACAAGGUCAUUUUCUGUAUCACUUCAAUUGUUUUUCCAUGCUUUCUCAUUUUGAAUUUUGGUUAAAGAUAUGUAAAGUGGCUUAUUGAGAAUACACCUCAUUCUAAAUGGAUUACACAACACCGAAUGUGCUGAUAUCAUUUUCUCUUUCAUUUUCUAAUAAUCCCUGUGCUUCAUCUUUACCCAUGCCUUACUUUACUAACCUUAGAAAAUGUGACUUAAAUUCAGACCCCUUUUCUCCAAAUUAGAUUUAUGAUUUAUAUUUGGGCACAUGUCGACUGUUAUUUGUAACACUUUAAAGGUGAAAAGGUUUGGGCUUGCAGCUGUGUAUAGAUGUGACAUUUGGUCAUUAAUAAUUUUUAACUAAUUGGCUUUAUUACCUUCUGGUUUAAAAUAAAAUGUUUUCCUUUCUUUCUGUAGCAUAAAUGCACAAUUUUUAAAAUUUAAAUUCUCGUCGGUAGUAGAAGAUAUAGAUGAAGGCACCUUGUGUGAUUUUCUGAGCUGUCUACAAUAAGUACAAUGAGCUGUUAGACUCCUCAGUGUCUUCAACAUCUGAACUAAAAUAUUACAUAUUAAAUAUACAGCCAGUGAAAUUCACACUUUGUUUAGGUGAUACAACUUUGUACUUGUGUAAGACUACAUCUGGGAUUAUUUCACAGUGGCACAAAUGAUUUUUUUUCUGGAUUUGAGACCCUGUUAAAUUGACUUUAAUUUCAAUCUAAUGCCAGUGGAAACUAUUACAGCAAAACCAAUAAAAGUUUCUUUGAAAA